AUGGAGGCUGAAUUCAUUGGGUUUUUUAAAGAAAAGGCCAAACAGCCAUCUAAACGAAGUGUGAGUGAAAUCCUGAUGUUCCUGGUGAAAAAAAACUGUUGGACGGGCAAAUCUUACGUCCUUCUCUCGCCAUUGGCAGUAACGUACGACCAUCUCUAUCGUGGUCUGGGCAUCGCAGCAAUCUGCUCUGCUCUCGGCAUUCGUCUCAUCGCCUCCUUUCUCGCAGUAACGCCCUCUCGGCUUACCUACAAAGAGCGAGUCUUUGUCGCUCUAGCCUGGAUGCCCAAGGCCACGGUGCAGGCCGCCAUUGGGCCACUGGCUCUGGAUGCAGCUCGCAAAACUGGUGAUCCCUACCUCAUUGACCUGGGUGAACAGGUAAGAUCUGGUUAG